AUGGCACCACCAACACUUGAUCCAUAUGUGGCUCUGGGGGUAUCUGGAACGGCAAGUUUUGCGGAGAUAAAACAAGCCUAUCGGCGAUUUGCUUUACAGCAUCACCCAGACAAGAACCUAUAUCGGAAGGAUGCAACAGAGAGAUUCCAACGCAUAUCAGCUGCAUGGGAAAUACUCUCAGAUCAAACGAAGCGAAACGCGUACGAU